CCCCUCAGCUGCUGCUCCUCCUCACACCCCCCAUCCCGUUGCGCUGUGCAGACGUUCCCCGAUCAUCACAUUUGAACUCGUUAGCUCUAUCGCUCCUUGCAUUGCAGUGCAGUGAGUGCGUCUCAUUUCAAGAAAUGGGCAUCAGAGAAGAUGUCUCCGCCGACAUGCCCGCCGAGAAACGACAAUACGUGACGGAUUAUGGCAGCGGCGAGGAUACCAUUGAGGCUGCGCCUGGCGACCACGAUCUGCAUCGUGCCUUGAAGGCUCGCCAUAUCUCCAUGAUAGCCAUUGGGGGUGCAAUUGGCACGGGUCUCAUCAUAGGAACUGGAUCUGCUCUCGCAAAGGCUGGUCCCGCAUCCAUCCUCAUAUCCUACUCGGUUGUUGGCUUUGUUGUAUACCUUGUCAUGUGCGGUCUGGGAGAAAUGGCUGCCUGGCUCCCAUUGUCAUCCGGCUUUACAGGUUACGCUGUGCGAUUCUGUGACCCUGCUCUUGGCUUCGCGCUUGGUUGGACCUACUGGUUCAAAUACAUCAUUGUCACACCCAACCAACUCACUGCCGGCGCACUCGUAAUAUCCUACUGGAUAGACACGAGCCGAGUCAACGCAGGUGUUUGGAUAACCAUAUUCCUUGUUCUGAUUGUCACCAUAAACUACUUUGGAGUCCGCUUUUUUGGAGAGUUCGAGUUCUGGCUCUCCUCGUUCAAGGUUAUCGUCAUCCUGGGUAUCAUCCUCCUCUCUUUUAUCCUCAUGCUCGGUGGUGGACCCGAUCAUGACCGCAAAGGGUUCCGCUACUGGAAAGAUCCCGGCGCCUUCAACACUUACAUCGACGAUGGCCCAGCCGGCCGCUUCUACGCUUUUUGGGCCACCAUGGUCUCCGCCACUUUUGCCUACCUCGGCACCGAGCUCGUGGGUGUGACCGUGGGCGAAGCUGAAAAUCCCCGCAAGAGCAUCCCCAAGGCCAUCAAACUCACCUUCUUCCGCAUCGUUGUAUUCUACAUCCUUUCCGUACUACUCGUCGGCACCCUAGUUCCCUACAACUCCAAGGAACUCAUCUUCGCCACGAACCAAUCCAGCUCCGCCGCGGCCUCCCCCUUCGUCGUGGCCAUCCAGCUAGCAGGAAUCCCCGUCCUCCCUCACAUCCUCAACGCCUGCAUCCUCCUCUUCGUCUUCUCCGCGGCCAACUCAGACCUUUACAUUGCAACCCGAACCAUCUACGGCCUCUCUAAAGAAGGCAAAGCUCCCAAAUUCCUCUCCAAAACCGACCGUCGCGGCGUCCCUGUCUACGCCCUCAUCCUCUGCGCCUGUAUCGCAUGUAUCGCCUACAUGAACGUCUCCAGCGACUCUAAAACCGUCUUCCGCUACUUCGUCGACCUGGUCACCAUCUUUGGCCUCCUCACUUGGAUCUCCCUCCUCGUAACACACAUCUACUUUGUGCGCGCGCGCAAGGCCCAAAACAUCCCGGAAUCAGACCUGGCGUACCGCGCUCCCCUUGGCACCGCGGGGUCUUACGCCGCCCUGGUCUUCUGUAUCAUCAUCUGUCUCACCAAGAGCUACGACUGUUUCACCCACAACAAGAAAUGGGGUAACUUUGAUUACAAGACCUUUAUUACGGCAUAUUUGGGAAUCCCCUUAUACUUGAUUCUCAUCUUCGGGUAUAAGCUCGUCACGAGAUGUAAAGGGGUUAGCCCGUACGAGGCAGAUUUAUUCACGGGCAAGGAUGUCGUGGAUCGGAUGGAAGAGGAGUAUUAUCGCCGGGAGGCUAUUAAGGAGGAGACGGAGGGCAAGGCUGGGUGGUUUUAUCGGAAGUUUGUGGCGUGGUUGUUCUAGUUAUGUUAUUCUAUUUUCUUUCUUCUACUCUUCUUCUACACCUCUCUUAUUUCUGCUGCUGGGCGUCAGGGAUGCGAAAGGUUCAUUCUUGCUAGAUGAGGGAUGAUGUUCGUGUGUAUGCUAGGCUAGGUUAUCUAGAAAAUCGCCGGGCGGGAGUUUAUUUACAUGCAUCGGAAAGAUACCUAACGAAUGAAUGUAUGACGAUAGUAAUCAUGAUA